CUAGUAUAGUUUGACCGGUCAAGUAAUUUACACCAUCAUUUUUGGCACCGACCGUGGGACCGUUAAGGUUUUUUCUUUUCUAAACACAAACCUACCCACAAAAACACCACUCAAGAUGUCUUCCAGCCAGCAAAUCAACGCCACCCCUGCUCAGGUGCAAGCCACCACUGAAGGUACCAGCAUCCCCAUGGCUGUUACCCUGCCAACCGUUUCUGCUCCGGUUUUGCCAUUGGGGCUAAGCUCGGUUCCAACACCCUGCAUGGUCAGUCCAUUCACGGCUCCCGUCCCUUCCGAUGGACCGAGGGUCACUUUCCCACCAAGCAUGACCCAGUUCGUGAAUGACCCAGCCAACCUGCAGGCCAUCCAGGGCUUUGGCCAGACCUUGCGGAAUCGAGCCACCGAGUGGUUCAACAAGCUUCGCCCGGGAAGCAUUGACUCAUUCAGCGACUUGGCCUCGAAGUUCAAGGCCAAGUUCCAGGAGAACUGUACCAAGAGGAAGAAAUUCACCUAUCUUAGUACAGCCGGGCAGAGGGAAUCUGAGAACCUCACCCAAUUCCUUACCCGGUGGAAGGAGGAGGUAGACAAGGUUGAGGAGAUGGAUGACAAGACAGUGUUGUCCCUCCUCCUGAGUGGUUUGCGAGCUGGGGAACUUUACAAGGAGUUCUGCCGGAAACCCCCGGCCACGUAUCAGGAAGCGUACCAUACUGCAUGGGAGUUCACCGAGGGUGAGACUCAACUCCGGGCGAAGAAAGAAGCCGAGCAUGGUUACAAGCCCAAGCCGGUGCAAGUCAAGAAGGAAGAAGUGCCGGUACCCAGCCAGCCAAGGCACCACUAUGACCCGGUAGUCCGAGUGGUCAAUUCAGAAGAAUGCCAGGAGAUCAGGAAAGCACCGGUCAAUCCUCCGGACAAUCCUACCGGUCAAUCUGGGCGUCAGUGGUCGGGCACCUAUUGUUCAUACCACAGGUCAGAUUCCCAUAGCACUUCCGAAUGCAAGAGUGUUAAGGGGGUAAUCCGGCAGAUGAUAGACAGCGGAGAACUGGGCAAGGAUUAUCUGCAGAAAGCCCAGGAGAAGAACCAUCAAUGGGGCGGAGAUUCAGCCGCGCAGCGAAAAAACUGGGUUCGCAGUAUUUACGUGGGAGAGGUGAGUGCCGAACCGGCCAGGCGUAAGUACCCUAAGAGGGAGCCAAUAGUCUUCACUGACCGGGACCUCCCUCCUACCGGUGAAGAUCACAAUGAUCCAUUGGUCAUUACCAUGGACAUCAAUGGGGUGGACGUCGCACGGGUGCUUGUUGACACCGGCAGCAGUGUCAACAUUCUCUACCUGGAGACCUUCCAGAAACUCAGGUUGUGUCGGACACAACUUGAACCCCUUAAAACCCCUCUCUCAGGUUUCACGGGAGAUACGGUGGAAGCUGAAGGGUCCAUAGUUCUACCGGUCGAACUAGGAUCGGGCGAGAAGACCGUAUGGAAGAAGAUGCGAUUCAUUGUUGUGGACAUCAAAUGCGUCCACAACGCAAUCCUUGGAAGACCCGGCAUCAACAAGGUCGGUGCGGUGAUUUCCAUGUCACACCUGUGCAUGAAGUUCCAUACUCCGGGUGGUGUAGGAGGAGUAAAGGGUGACCAAAGGAAUGCCCGGGAGUGCUAUGCCCGGGCAGUCAAGAAAAUGACCAAGGGGGUCAACGUCAUCUCCCAGGAGAUCGCGAAGGGCGAAACUCGGGAGAAGCUGGAGCCUGAAGCGGAAACGGUGGAGAUCGAACUCCACCCGGGUGAUUCAUCAAGGAUGGUCCGAAUUGGGGCGAACCUCCCUGAAGAUCUCAAGGCGAAGAUCACGCGGGUCCUCCAAGAGUACGCGGGCAUAUUCGCCCGGAGCGUGGCGGAUAUGCCCGGGAUAGACCGCUCAAUCAUCUGCCACCGGCUGGCAGUGAGAGAUGGAAGUCGACCGGUACGCCAGAAGAAAAGGUACCUGGCCAGUGACCGGCGAGAUUUCGUCAAGAAGGAGGUGAAGGACCUCCUCAAUGCACCGGUCGACAAGCCUACCGAGCAGUGGUGGGAGAUGGCAGUAGACGGGGCGUCCGGUCCUAAAGGUUACGGGGGUGGUAUAGUCUUUACUACCCCGGAAGGAUUCAAAAUUUACCAUGCAAUCAUCUUCAACUUCAAGCUGACAAACAACGAGGCAGAAUACGAAGCUCUGGCUGGAGGGCUCAGACUUGCCCAAGCCCUGAAGAUCGACCGGGUCAGUAUCAAAUCUGAUUCCACUUUGAUCGUUGGACAAGUGACCGGUAACAUGGAAGCCAGAGAAGGGCGAAUGGCGCAAUACAAGGACCUGGUGCUUGCCUUGUUGAAAGGCUUUGAGGAAUUCAAGAUCGCCCAGAUCCCCCGGGCGGAAAAUGCAGAUGCAGACCUUCUCUCCAAAUUGACGCAGUAUGCUCCCGAGCAUGUUUCAAAACUUGCCCGGGUAGAAAUUCUUGAUCAUGCCAGCAUUGAAAAAUUGGAAGUAGCCGCUAUAGCAGAUGGGAGCCAGUCUGACCGGUCAAACUUGGUCGGUGCGAAUGACAACUAGAUGUAUGAUCUGAUGGAGUACUUGAUGGAUGGGACCUUGCCGGAGCAAGAUGACCGGGCAAGAAAAGUGAAGCUCAGGG